AUGGAUGGGAUGAUGAUGAAGGUGAUGCAGUGGGUGUCUUGUCUUGUUCUGGAUUUUCCCACUCUCUUUCUUUUGUUGUUUCCAGGGACCAGGGAGAGUGUUGUUUUGCUGUUGUUGCAACAUUUGAUUGAUGUGCAGGAGGGAACAUGUCAUCACCAUCACCGUGGCCAUCGAAAGGUCUACUUCUACAUACCCAGAGUAGAGAUGAUGCAGAGCACGUGUGUGGAGUACCAUGUAGCUAGGAGUUACUCUAGAGCAGGACGUUUCUCCAUCAAACUGGGGGGCGGGCUUGUCAACGGAGAAUAUCAUUUUUCCCGGGUGAAAAGCAGCAAGAAGGAAGGAUGGAAAGAAGGGAGUGUAACCGCGGGUCUGGUGUGCGGGGGCGCAUUUAGUGGGAUGUGGAGACGAGACCCUCUGCUUUUUCCCUCUUCUCUCUCUCAGAGUAGGUACCUACAUUAA